AUAACUCCACCUAUCUAAUCUUCUUCUCCCCAUCAAUUGGAUCCGAUCAAGAAAAACCUAAACCCUAGUCUCCAAUUCCAAACCCACAUCUCUUUCAACUUUCCGAUCACAAAAAUGGCUUGUCCAUCCUCCCUCCUCGGCCCACCAGAAAUCUACAGCAAACCCGCCACCACCGCCGCAACCGGCAACCCUUUCGUAGACCAAAUGGCGGGCAACUUCAACAACAGAACCACCGUCCCGUCAACCCUCAUGGGCUACACCCGAAACUACGGCCGCACCAUCCUCUCCACCGGCAACCCGUGCCUCGAAUUCUUCUUCCACGUGGUGCCCGAUACCCCUCCGGUAACCUUGACCCAGCGUUUACAAUCUGCGUGGAACCACAAUCCUUUGACUACUCUGAAACUGGUGUGUAACCUGAGGGGUGUACGCGGGACUGGGAAGUCCGACAAGGAAGGGUUCUACACGGCGGCGCUGUGGCUGCACAAACACCACCCGAAAACGCUGGCUUGUAAUGUGGGGCCGUUGGCUGAGUUUGGGUACUUUAAGGACUUGCCGGAGAUUCUGUAUAGGAUUCUGGAAGGUCCCGAGGUGCGGCGGCAGGAGAAGAUGGCGUGGAUGGCGAGGAAGUUGGGCGGCGGGAGGAAGAAGAGAAGAAGGGGAUUGAAGAUGAAGAAGUCGAAGAAGAAGUCGAUAAAGAAGAUGAAGAAGUCAGGGCCGUUCAUGUUGCGCUCGACGAAGGAGGCUAGGGUUUUGGCGGCAAUGAAGAGGAUGAAGAUCGAGGAGGUGAAGGCUCGUGAAUCGAGGGAGGAGAAGAAGGUUGCCGCUGCGAAAAAGGCCAUCGAACGUUACAACCGUGAUCCAGAUUACAAGUUCCUCUACGACCGGAUCUCCGAUCUCUUUGCUGAUCUUCUCAAAUCCGAUAUCCAGCACUUCAAUUCCAACCAGUUAAAUAAAAUCAGCCUCGCCGCCAAAUGGUGCCCUUCGCUUGACUCCUCGUUCGAUAAAUCGACUCUCCUUUGCGAAAGCGUCGCGAAAAAAGUUUUCCCCCGCGAUUUAUACGAAGAAUACGACGGUGUUUCAGAUGCUCACUACGCUUAUCGCGUUCGCGACCGAUUGCGUAAGGAAAUCCUUGUACCGCUGCGAAAAACCCUAGAGUUGCCCGAGGUUUAUAUAGGGUCUAAUCAGUGGGGUUCUAUUCUAUACAAUAGGGUUGCCUCUGUGGCAAUGAAGUUUUACAAAGAGAAGUUUAUAAAGCACGAUAAGGAACGGUUUGAGGAGUAUUUGGAGAAGGUGAAGUCAGGAAAGGCGACGAUUGCCGCCGGGGCGUUGUUGCCGCAUGAGAUCAUAGCAUCGUUGAACGAUGCGGAUGGGGGAGAGGUAGCCGAGCUUCAGUGGAAGAGGAUGGUGGAUGAUUUGUCAAAGAAGGGGAAACUGAAGAAUUGUUUGGCGAUUUGCGAUGUUUCGGGUGGCAUGCAUGGGGUUCCAAUGGAGGUUUCGGUGACGCUUGGGGUUUUGAUUUCAGAACUGAGCGAGGAGCCGUGGAAAGGGAAGCUGAUUACAUUCAGUGAGAACCCGAUGCUUCAUUUGGUUUUAGGUGAUGAUUUGAGGUCGAAGACUGAUUUUGUGAGGAGAAUGGAGUGGGGGAUGAACACUAAUUUCCAGCAGGUGUUUGACUUGAUACUGGAAGUGGCUGUCGAUGCAAAAUUAACCGAAGAACAGAUGAUCAAGAGGGUGUUUGUGUUUAGUCACAUGGAGUUUGAUCAGGCGUCGGCAAGACCUUGGGAGACGGAUUACCAAGCAAUUGUGAGGAAGUUUUGGGAGAAGGGGUAUGGGUCGUCUGUGCCGGAGCUUGUGUUUUGGAAUCUGAGGGACUCGAGGGCAACUCCAGUGCCUAGGAACCAGAAAGGGGUGGCACUUGUGAGUGGGUUUUCGAAGAAUUUGAUGACUAUUUUCUUGGAGGAGAGUGGGGCUUUGAAUCCUGAGUCUGUCAUGGAAGUGGCCAUUGCUGGUGAGGAGUAUAAGAAACUGGUUGUGCUUGAUUGAUCGUGUUUUAAUCAGCUAAUAAAUGUAUAGGACCAGUUCAGUUUAUUUCCUUCCUUGGUACUCAUCUUGAAAAAUUCUGAAAUAGAAAUGAGAAAAACGACACUUUUAUUCAUUCA